CAGUCUCCGGAAAAAAAAAUUAGGCAUGCCUCUAAAUAUCUACUUUUUGCAAAUCGCCAGAGUCUGCUCUAUCCCCCUCUCUGUAGGCAAAACAACUGGUUAAAAGAGUGACCAGGUAUCUUCCAUUAUUCCCUAACAUUUCAUGAUUUAAUUGUUCCAUCCAUGCCCUCCGAUAAUAUCCCAACCUAACCCGUUUGAUAACGAAUGUAAUAAUUCCAGGGGAGAAGACGCUACAUAGAGCAUUCCUGGAUUAUACAUUACUAAAUAAUUCCUUCAUUUCUUCCGACACAAUCUGAUGAAAGAAGAUAGACCCUUUAAAAACAGAAAAAAAAAGGAGGGGUAUAAAUAUUCGUAAAGGAGAGUUCAUAAAGUAACCAAAGCACAUGGCCAUAUAAUCCCAGCACCCAGCCAUACACACACACUCGCGAACAUACGCAAGGGUAAACCCUCGCAUUUAAAUCACCAACAGGCCCAGAAUGGCCGCAAUUAGGAGACCAAAGUUCUCGCUAGGUCGAGAGAGGUCAUUCGAAAUCGGCACCCCGCUUGUUGGUGAAGUGAUGGGGCCUGUUCCUGUGGCUCCGCCACUACCACCGCCGGGUGCUCCAGUUGGUCCAGCACCACCUGAGCCGCCGCCUUCAUUUGUUCCAGUUGGUCCAGCACCUCCGGCUCCGGGGUUGGUUGAGCUUGCUCUUUCCAAAGCCCCGGGAGAAGUGAAUCCCGACACGGGAGGGGUAAAGCCUAUAUCAGAAGAGGAAGAUCCUGAUGCGGAUGCACUUGAGGAUGCUGACCCAGAGGUGCUGCUGGCAGAUGACUCUGUGCCAGAGGGCGGCUGCGAGGCUGAACUUGAAGAAGGAAGACUCGACGAUGGCGGUGCUGAAGAGGACGAGGGCGGCUCUGACGAAGACGAGGGCGGCUGCGAAGAGGAACUGGUCGACGAAGCCGGUGGUGGCGAUGAUGACGAUGUCGGGGGCGUAGAGGUUGGCGGUUCAGGCGAACUACUUGUCGGAGGGCUGCUUGAAGAUGAACUGGAGCUGGAAGUGCUUGUAGGAGGAGGAGGGGGCGCGGUGGUGGACUGCUUAGUUGUCGACUCCACGGAGCUCGAAGUUGUCGUUUCAAUGAAGGAUGUCUGGCUCGCAGAGACUUGCGUAGUGGAUCCCAGCGUAGGCGUCGUCGUCACUUGUGACUCGGGCCCAGUCGUUGUCGACGACGGGGGUGUUGAAUCGCAGACGAAGAGGUUCGCUUUGAAUUCUUCACUCAGUAUUGCCGGGAAUUCAGAUGCUGGGACACCAGGUAGAUUCGUGGUAAUACAGGUAGUGCAGCCAG